AUGUUGUGGGCACGAGCUGUAGAUUGGUCUCUUGGUAACAUCGAAAAUAUCGGCGGAGAAUUGCGAGACGAGUUUGAAAAAUGGUUCUAUUUUGCGGUGUCCUGUCCCGUGGAGGGUGGACGUGCAUUUGAUUCGAUCAAGAAUGCCCUUAGAGCAAGGAACUAUAUUGUAGCUGCUAACUUGGUCGGAAUAGUAGGGUCGUUUACCCAGAAAUGUCACGACAUCGACUACGCUAUGGUGAACCCAGAGCAAGAAUUAGUGCUGAAAUGGACGAAGGCAGUGAUGAAGGAUGUUCCCAUGGAAGCUUGA